AUGCCCCUAGCGCACCCUGCGCAUUCGAAGAUUAGCAUUCGUGUAAGUGUCAGACAUCGUAUGCGUUCGGAUGAUCGAUCGGUGUUUCAUCGGUCAGCUACUAUCAGGAGAAAUAAAGUGAAUUCAUUCUAUCUUGUGAACUCGAACGAAUAGGUUGUUCCUUAUUAACUCCACACGUGAAAUCUAGAAGAUCCCUCAGUUGCGGUAAUUAAAAGUGGCGUACGAGGAAAAAGUAGUUUGGUGCAGAAACCAUUAGUAAAAGAAAAAAAGAAAGUCUACGUUACUCUCGGCACGUACACGAAGCAGCAGCAGUGGUGCAUCUUCAGCUGGCGUUUGCAUUUCUCAGGGAACAGGACCAGUGAGGCAACGAAAGGAGCAACCGCUCCGGAUAUUAUCUUCAAGGUUUGAGACGCGGCCCGCCAAAAGUUGCCUUUUCGGUGGUAAAAUAUAUCCCCAUUAUUGACGGAGAUUAAAACUAAUAAUCGAGUGAUUCUACCACACGCCUUGCCACACGCUGUAUGCUUGGACUGCAUAGUUUGAUCCGGAAACGUGAUUGAUUGCCAAUUCUUGAAAUCUGAUACAACUCGGCAAUUUCUGCCGCACACUGCUGGUCGACGUAAUUAGUACGUUAAAGCACAGCUCGGACGUGAGCCUUUAUCAGAUUGAAAUCACCAUCGGCCAAGCAGAUCAUCGGAUUCUCAGAGGAGGCGCGUGCAUCUGGACUAGCUUCGCACCAGAAGGUAUCCGUACGGCGACCGUCGUUGUUGGCAAGGGUCAAAAGGACAUUUUUGGUAAGUCAAUUUUUUUGAUUGAAUUUUUUAAAAGUGAACAAAGAAAAACCGGCAUUUUUAAUAAUCUGCUACAAUUGAUUGUGAUCUAUUUUGUUUUACUCUUAUUUUUCCCAUUUUUGGCUGAAUUACUGGUAAUACCCGUGUUUAUAUUAUUUUGAUUCGUAAAUCGUACUUGUUGCGGAACUACAGCGCCGAUUAAUCAUGAGUUCUAGUGUGGCUUGUACUAUUGAACCGUAUCGUAGGGGCACCAGCUUCAACGAUUGGUUUGCUAGAUUGAAGUUCUUUUUCAAGGUCAAUAAAAUAAGUGAGGAUGACAAAAUGGCCUAUUUCAUAACGCUAAGCGGGCCAGUGAUGUUUGAUGAGAUUAAAGUGCUGUACCCAGCGGGUAAUUUCGAGGAGGCAGCUUUUGAUGAUUUGAUAUCGAAGCUGAAGAAUCGCUUAGACAAAAUAGAACCAGACUUGGUUCAACGUUACAAAUUCAGCACGAGAAUUCAGAACCCUGAGGAGACUACCGAGGAUUUCGUCUUGGCUUUAAAAUUACAAGCGGAAUUCUGUGGUUUUGCAAAUUUUAAGGAAACUGCCAUUUUGGACCGCCUCAUAGCGGGAAUAAAAGACAAAAAUUUACGACAGCGACUACUUAGUGAAGAGAAGCUUACUCUAGCAAGCGCUGAGAAAAUCAUCGUUACGUGGGAGGUUGCAAGGGCAAAUGCAGGUACCGCAAUAGAUCAACAAAACGCAGGGUUAGGACAAAUAGCGGCAGUUCGAAACACACUAGGGGCACAGGAAGGAAAAGCGUACGGGAAACUGAGGCAAACUCUGGAGUUGGCUAGGAAAUAUAGAGAUGACAACUACAACAGAGGUGCCGGAAGCAGCAGAGGUCCUGUGAAAAGCCGACUGGGUGUGAGAUCUUAUGAUUACGGACAACAAGGAAGAGGAGAGCGACUAUAUGGUUCGAGAACAACGGAUUUCAGGCAAGAAAGAAGGGACAUGACGAGGCCUAAACCAGACUAUUCGCAGAUGAUCUGCAACUUUUGUGGAUUGAAGGGCCAUAUAAGGAGAAGAUGUUUCAAGCUCAAGAACCUUCAUAGAGAUGCUGUUAAUCUUGUGGAUUCACCAGGACCUUCGACAGACCAUGAUAUAGCGGAACUAAUGGGAAGGAUGCAAACGUACGAAUCGGAUGGAGAGGAAAGUGAUUCAGAUACGUGUUGGAAACGUAGAGGUAAUGGCACAUCGAAACCAAAUACGAGUUCGUAAGGACGAGUUGCACGGGCAAAGGCCAAACGUCAUCAUCACAAGGAGCGAUCAAAUCCAAACAACAGACGACACAACGGAGGAUUCAGGUCCGAGACUGCAGGGUUGCGAAACCGACACGAUGGUGCUUCCAAGGGGAAGUAUACAAAACAGAAAGCGGAAACGACAACUAUCUGAUUCAGAGCAACCGGAACCUAGAAGAUCAAAACGCAAUAGAAAGUUAAAUCGCUGUGAUGAUUUUAGUUACGAUUAAGUUUUGGCGAAAAUUUGCUAUGUCGAUAUACUUUAAAGCAAACUCAGAUUUUCUUUUCAAUUUUUCACUUUUGUUUAAUUUAGUAUAUAAGUGAAUUCGUGAAGCAUUGACAAAAGUCAUUUCUGAAAAACAUAUUUUAUGCUAAAAGGGGAAGGAUUGUCAUGCCCCUAGCGCACCCUGCGCAUUCGAAGAUUAGCAUUCGUGUAAGUGUCAGACAUCGUAUGCGUUCGGAUGAUCGAUCGGUGUUUCAUCGGUCAGCUACUAUCAGGAGAAAUAAAGUGAAUUCAUUCUAUCUUGUGAACUCGAA